UAAGCAAUUGGGAAUGUGUGACUAAAUGUAUGUAUGAGUGUGUGGGUACAAAAUUAAUGAUCACGUCGCUGUACGUAUUGCAUCUGUGUUCUGUUCAGGUAAACUACAUAACAAUAUUAUUGGAGGGAUGUAUGACCUUCGCUAGAAAGAGUAUACCUGGAUGGAUAUAUCUCGAGUACCCGGUGUACAGAGAAAGCUGGUAUUGUUUUAGAUAAUGGAGAUAAACUCCGCUGUGAACACACAAAACGGGUGAACAUAAAUGCGUUCUUGCAGCUGCAGGAGUCUAAUUAUUAUCAGACAGAAUUACCGCUGUACACAAGUAAGAGUGCUAUUGUUGGAAAUACAUUCGAAGUGACGAACAUUAUUGUGUAUAACUACAACCCUGAGAGGUUUAUUAAACUCCUUGUGCUGAAUAACUGUUUUCUAGAUAAAAAAAUCUGAGACGUUGAUAUAAAGGUUUGGAACAAUAAAAGUUAAAAAAUAACAACAAAAGGAGCAGACGAAGUUGGAAUUUGACAAUUAGAAGACAGUUACAAGUAAAAUGGCAGAGGAAGAGCUAUCCGACAUUCCCUAUCUAACUGAGGGAUACCUGGGACAACAGGCCAAGUUUGAGUCAUAUGGGCUGACCUGUGUCUCCCAUCCGGACCCAGUGAUUCGGCUGGACACCAACAAGGUUGAAAUCGUCAUUGGUAUGGCCGAAAAGACACGAUUCACCACGAAGUUCAAGCGCAUGGAACCAAUUAAGGAGAUGAACGAGUGUGUUUUCACUCAGAACAUGGAGUCUGAGGUCCAUUACAACAUCGCUGUUUCUCAACCUGGAUUUUACAAAUUUGAGAUAUACGCGUUGCCUAGCGGCGAAGCGGGACCGAAAUUUAUCAACGUUUUCAAUUAUUUGAUCCACGUCCGAGCGGUGAACGCUUACGUAGAACCCUACCCUAAACAGUACCCGCUAUGGAAACAGGAGGGCUGCUUUGUUUAUGAGCCAAUGAUGAUACAGAAGGGCUGUAACUACGGCGUAGCGUUCCGUUAUUACGUUCCCCGCGCUGUUGACGUACAAGUGAAGGCAGGUGAAGACUGGCAUAAGCUGGAGAAGGCUGAGCAAAAUAUCUACGAGGGAUACAUAGAUUUCGCCAAGCAUAACUACCCACCGGGGACGAAAGUAAAGCUGAAUGUGAAGUUCGGACGUAGCAACAAAUACGAUAUUCUUCUAGAAUAUACACUUUAAAGCGUUCUCAUGGCAACGGUGGAUACAUUUGUUUGUACUGCUGAUCUUUUAUGCAGUAAUGUAAACGACUGAACGCGCUAUGCGAUAAAAUAUGAACAGACAUUCUUCAGAUUUCGUGUUUUAGAGAACACUUUGUUUCUAAUAGCUUACAUUUGAAGGAAGCGUGUUUUGAGAAAUGGUAGGUCUGUGGAAAUUAUUACAACGAUCAAAGAGAGCACAUAUCGAGCUUUUUGCUUCACGCAGUCCUGCUAAUAAAACGAGUGUUAUUUCCAUUAUAACAGGAAGUCCUUGGAACCUGUGCCAAGAAACUGCCAGGAAAUGUAAAUGUACUAAGAUAUAUCGGUAUUCCUGCUUAAUCACAAGCAUGAUAGACUGGCCACUUCCUGCUUAUAUAUUCACAUAUACGUGUCAGGGUCAUCGGCAAGUCUUUCGAACAGUUUGGCUACAAGUAUCACCAUACGAUAUAUACACACGGAAUUGGCAUUUAAUAUAAAAAGUUUUGUGUCGACUUUGUUAUUGCAGUAUUUUUAUUACGUGAGACUUACUAGCGUUUGUAAACGUUGCCUGAGACUUUCACGAUUUUGUGUGGGGGGUAUUUGUGAUCUUUAAAAAAACGCUUAAAACUACUCCGCAUUUCAAAUCUGUACAACUAUUGUUUACAUGGCUAAAGUUUUACUUUUUUAUUGUGACUUUAUUUUGAUUGUUAGGCACUUUUUACUGUUUAUCUGUGUUUGGUUAAUAAAUCUUCGAAAAAUA